UAAUGGCUAAUUUUCUUGAGUUCCUUAAUAGCUUAGGCUAAAUCAAAUAGAUGGAGAUUCCUUUUUAUUAUAGGAAUUAGUUUAAGAUCAAGGAAAACUUUAUAAAUCCAAAUAGCAAACAUUUUGAACAAAUUGCUUAAAAGUAAAUAAUAAUUUAAAUAAGACUCUUAUCAGAAGACAAUAAAGGAUUAAAAAGAAAAUGGGAUAAAUAAUGCAAGAUGUUAUUUAUAUGGGUUAUAGUCAAAUACUUUUAAGUUAGAAAUAAAAAAACAAUUAAUCCCAAUUUAGAAGAAUGGUAAGAAUUAUCAUAAAUAUUCAAUUUUGAUGAAGUGACUCUGAAAUAACGAUGGAUUACACUAAUAAAUCCAAUGACAAAAAGUUUGAAUUGGGAAUCAGAAGAAGAUAAUAUAAUAAGAUCAUUAAUGAUGUAUAUAUUAUUUGCUUAAAUUUCUUAAUUUUAGAUAAUAAGAAGAAAAACAUAUAUGGACUUAAAUUGCUUUAGAGCUAUAUAAUCAUAAUAAUGGAUAAUAUGUUAGAACACCAAAAUAAGUUAGAGAAAGAUGGAUGAAUUAUUUAAAUCCCAAAUUAAAUAAGUAAACUUUAUUUUUAACAAUUUAAUUAGAUCUAGUUGGACUGAUUAAGAAGAUAAUUAAUUAUUGUAAAUCGUAGUGAAUAGUGGCAAAAGAUGGUCUUUAAUUUCUACAUUAUUGUAAGGAAGAACUGAAAAUUAAGUAAAAAAUAGGUAUAUAUAAUAUAUUGAUACUUAUUUUAGAUUUAAAAGUCUUAUUCAUAAAAUCUAUAGAGAAGAAGAUGAUGAUGAAAUUGAAGAAUUAACAGCUAUUAGAUAAUAUUUAUCUAAAUAAAUUUCAGAUGUUAUUAAUUAAGAUAAUCCUUCAUUAAAAUCAAUAAAAAAUGAAGUAAAAAGUGAAGAGUCUUAAUCUAAUAAUAUCAAUAUAUAGAAAUUAAAAAAAAAGUAAUAAAUAAAAAAUCAAGAUGAAAAGAAAUAAUAGAUUUAAAUUAAAAAGAAAAAAGUUAAGGUUAUUGAGAAUCUAUAAAUAAAAAAUGAAAUCGAUUAAAAAUUAUAAUCUUAAAUUCAAUCCAUCAAUCAAUAAUUUUGCUUAUCUACAAAUGGAAAUUGUGACACUUAAAGCUAAGAGAAUAGAAAAGGUAUAUCUAGUUCUCAUUCUUAAGGAUCCAUAUAAAACCAAGAAUUUGAAUGCAAAUCCUAAUAAAAUAUCUAAUCCUAAUCUAAAUGUUCAUACUAAUCACUUUCAUACAAUGGAUAAACAUAAAUGAAAGAAACAUUACCUUAAUAUACUGGAUUCAGACCAUAUACAAAUGAUAUUUGCAAUGAUUUAUUCUAAUAAACACCUUGUUAAAUUAAUAGAUUAGGAUUUGGGAUUAAAUAAUAAUAAUAUCCCUUCUAAUAGUUAUCACCAUUUCAAUAAUAGAUUUAAUAAACACCUAUAGUUUAUACUCCUCUUUAUUUAUAUAAUUAAUAAUUUAUGGCAUAAUCUCCCUACAAGAGUCCAAUUUUAUCACCACAUAUAUGGAUGUAAUAAUAAUAAUAAUAAUAAUUAAUAUAAUAAUAAUAAUAUGAGAUUGAGAUUCAGAAUGAAUAAUUAAAAUAGGAAUAGUUUGUAUUUAUAUAUAUUUGUAUUAAUUUAGAAUAAUAGAUUAGAAUUUCUUUAAGGAUAAGAUUUAGUUUCUAAAUGGAAAAAUAAAAGAGUAUAAGAAAAAUAAAAUUAGUAAGAACUAAAUAAGAUUAUAGAUCAAUGA